CUAAAGAUGCUUUAGUUUAAACACAACCGCUGAGCUAGAUACAUUUUAAUCUCAAGAUGCGCAAUUUGCUGCACUUACUUGUGUUUACUUUGGGCGCCGCCAGCUGUUGGGCGCAGUUUAACGAUUUUCUUAUCUUUUCGCCAUCAUCAAGGUCACCAGUGAGUGUGCCACAGCCUCAGUCAACGCCAGCGCCGCCUGCUGGUGGCAAAUUUGUGCUGGUCAACAACGUUCCUACGCUGGUUACUAGAGCGCCAUUUGUUGCUGCUCCGCCACCCACGCAACAGUUUCUCGACUGCUUUGGCCGCUGCCCCACCACCCCCGAAUACAAUCCUGUGUGCGCCAGCAAUAUGCAGACUUAUCUUAAUCAACAGAAGUUUGAUUGUGCGCGCUUCUGUGGUGCCGAUAUACAAAUAGUGCGACGCAGCAGCUGCGAGGGUCUGUUUCCUAUGCAACGCGGCUGAGCGAGUAAAAUAUUAUAUUACUAAGAAAAUAUGUAAACAGCGAUAAUACAAUUUGUUUUUCAUAAACGU